AUGAAUGUACAAGAAGAAAAGUCAUUUUCAAUUGUAAUUGAUUUAGGACUUACACAUUCUUCAGUUGCUUAUUAUGAUAUUGUUAAAAAUGAACCUAUCUUAAUUGAAGAUGAAAUAGGAAAAGAACGAAUAGCAUCAUGUAGAAUAAUAGGAAGAGAUGAAUGUGAUGUUAGUUAUGAAGAUCGUGAACAUUGGCCAUUCAAAUUAAAAUCAAGAGAUGAUGGAAGUGCUUAUAUUGAAUGUUAUAAUCCAUUAACUCAAGAAAGUGAAGAAUUUGAACCAGAAGAAAUUAGUGGAAUAAUAUUAAAAUAUUUAUAUGAAAUUGCACAAGCAAAACUUGGUAAUCAACCAAUAUCAAAUGUUGUUGUUACUGUUCCAGCUGAAUUCAAUGAUAUACAAAGAGCAUCAAUAUUAUUAGCGUGUAAAUUAUCAGGAACUAAGAAUGUUGAACUUGCUAAUGAACCAACAGCGGCUAUUGCUGGAUAUAAAAGAAAAUAUCCAAAUUCAUUAAAAAAUGGAGAUAGAAUCGUAGUAAUUGAUUUUGGAGGAACAUUAGAUGUAACAUGUUUUAAAAUAGUAAAUGAUAGUGUUGUUGUAGAAUCAUCUGGAGGAAAUCAAGAUUUAGGAGGAAACGAAUUUGAUAAUGUAAUGAAUGAUAUCAUUAAAAAAAGAAUAGAAAAAGUUAUUCCAGGAUAUUAUAAACAGAAACAAGUAAUGACUCAAAAAGAAACAAUAUUCAACAAGAAAUUAACUAAACUAAAGAAGAAUCAGAAAGAAUUAAAAUUGAAUUAA